UUCCUGUCCUGUCAAUCUAUUUUUACUUUGAUUUCAUCUCCCAACAGCUAACAUUCACAUUGAUUCUCCCCUAGCCUCCCUCUCUCUUUAUCAUCACAAUCACAGAGGGAGAGAGGGAUCAAACCAAAAAAAAAUAUUCAUCAUGGAUUCACCACCACCCCACAAUGGAAGAAGAGAAUCCACCUCCGGCGACCAGUCCUCAACAAACAGGGAUUCAUCACAACAACCACCACCUGUGGCACCGCCGCACAUGAUGUACAAUUACCCGCCGGGAACGGGGUACUCAGGCCACUAUCAGAAUCCUUAUCCACCACCACCACCGCACGGCUACGCUCCCUACCCAAACCAGCCACCUAACGGUUACAAUUACCCUCCCCAAUACUACGGCGCCCCGCCGCCGUACCGCACCGGAAACCGAGGCAGCGGCUUCUGCCGCGGCUUCAUAAUGUGCACAUGCAUAAUUUUCACAACCUUCUUCGUCGCCACCGUCGUCAUGGCACUAGUGCUACACCCCCAGCUCCCUCUCUACAACGUAACCUCCCUAUCCGUGGCGAAUUUCAACACGACGCCGUCGCUAACCGGCGAUUGGAACAUCAGUGUUGUGAUCGAGAACCCUAACGACAAGCUGCGAGGAUUUUUCUCCGAUUUCAAGGUGGAAAUGGUGCGAGUAAACAACGUCGUUGCAGCGAGUUCAAUGCCCAAUUUCGAGAUGGAGAAGAAGGAGAAGAAGCAAAUUGACAUGAGAGCGUCAUCAAACGUAGCAAAUAGCAUGUCAUUUCAGAAGUUGGACCUGGAUUUGAUGGCCAAGGAGAGAGAAAGUGGGUCUGUCACGUUUGGGUUGAAGGUGUCUUCAAUGACGGCGUUUAAGUCAAGCUCGCUUUCCACUAGAAACGCGUUGAUGCUUGCAGUUUGUCAAGGGUUGAAGGUUGUGUUUCAGAAUAAUACUGGGUUUGGCACGUUGGAUAAUGGGGGCAAACCCGUUAACUGCCAACUUUUCAUGUGAGUGUUUAUUUGCCAACUUGAUGCCACUUAGGAUUUGGGAUGCCAAGUUUACGAUCAUGAACACCAACGGGGAGUACUGCACUUGAACCGUGGGGAGUACUGCACUUGAAGUUUACCACCAUUGCAGGGACAGAGUGGGAUGAUGAUCAAACAUAAGUAGGUUGUCUUCAAGAUUAAAGAGUUGUGUAUAAAUUGAGUGCCAAAUGCCAAACAUGCCCUGAACAUGUGUAAUAUGAAUACAUUUUUGCUUUAUAUCCACCAUUACUUCCACAUACAUUCUUGAUUUUUUUAGAUGAAUAAGAAAAAUAACUUGCACCCUACACUACUUUACCACUUUCAUUGGUAAUCAUGGUUUCAGUGACAAAAAAGUCCGUG